UCCAUCUUUUACAAACAAUGAUGGAGUCGCACGGAGACGAUAUGAGUGUUCCUAAAUGGGUUUCUUCUGAGGACCUAGGAGGGAGAAAAACGGCGGGGGUCUCGUUUGGUUUUACUAAAACAGUUAGCAAAUUUAAACCGUCUACCACUGAAGCUUCCUCAAAGAAAGAUGACAGAGAUUAUUUGACUGGAAUUGAUGGAAAUGAAUUGCAGAGUUCAAAACCAAUCGAUAAACCAAAAGAGCUCAUCAUCCCUCUGAUACAGAAGAACCGUUGGUACAAACCGGACCGGGCAAGCAACAGCUUGGGACAUGAAGAAACGCAGGGAAAGCGUCAGGACAACGACUCCGUGGAGUCUCAGGCUGUCAAAGAGCUUAUUGAAGAUUCAAGGAGGCAGCUCGAGGAGUGGCAAAAUGGAUCUCAGUCAGAAAGUAACCUCAACCUGGCCAUCCCACUGCUGAUGCAAAACCAAGUGCCAGAGGGUUUUGAGGAUGGAGAGCAUAUAAAAGUGGACCUGCGACCAGAAUCUUCAACAGAGGCUGAUUAUGAAAGUGUUCCAGUUGAGGCUUAUGGGCUUGCCAUGCUUAAAGGAAUGGGAUGGAACAAAGAGGAGGGCAUCGGACGAACUUUUAAACAAGAUGUGAAGCCAAUCGAACACCAGCUCCGUCCAAAAGGGUUGGGCCUCGGGGCAGAUCGUUCAGCUGUAAAGGAUCUGGAGCCAAGCAGACCUCAGCGUCCCCCAAAGCCUGGAGACGAGCAAAGGAAGGAGGAAGAACUAGUGAUGGGUCCUGGGGGUUGUGUGUUAGUGCAGUCAGGGGCGCACAAAGAUCUUUAUGGCAAGAUAGAAGGAGUUGAUCCAGACAACGCUCGAGUGGUGGUCAAACUUGCUAUCGGUGGCAAAACUGUGACAGUCAGCCAGUACGGCGUUAAACUGGUCGGGCGAAAAGAAUAUGAGAAAUACAGCAAAGACCUCAGUCGUCUAAGUAAAGCCCACAAAGACAAGGAGAAGGAGAAAGAGAGAGAAAAAGAGCAAGAAAAAGAGCGACAGAGGCGUGAGGAGAAAGAGAAAAGUAGCUAUAGCGACAAGAUAAAACACAAGUCAUCUGAAAGAGAUGGAGGAAAAGAUGAGAGAAAGAGGAAACACACAGAAUCAAGUCAAGACCGUGAUAAGCCUCCAGUGAAAGAAGCAAGGCAAGCACCAGCUGCCCCCUCCUGGCUCCAGAGAGACCUGAAAGUUCGCUUUAUAGACAAAGCUUUUAAAGGGGGCAAAUAUUACAACUCAAAGAUGCGAGUGGAAGAUGUCCUGACCCCCUUUACCUGUGUGUGUCGGGCCGAAGAGGGAAGGCUGUUGGACGAUGUGAAGCAAGACAUGCUGGAAACCAUUGUUCCAAAAAGUGAAUAUGACUCAGUAAUGGUUGUAUUGGGUGAGCACAGAGGACAGGUCGGUCGUAUUCUUCAGCGGGACAAGAACAAGUGCAGAGCGAUGGUCCAGCUCGACAGAUAUGAGGAGAAGGUGUUCACAUUGGAUUAUGACUCCAUUUGUCACUAUGUAGGAGCAGUAGAUCACUGAUCCUCUAACCAUUGUUGUAAUAUCAAGUCACUCUUAGUCCCAUCUCAUGCUAAAUAUUGCUUUUUAAAAUAUUUUAAAGCACUGCCUUUUUUUUUUUUUUUUAUAAAACCCUGUUAAGAAUUCUAUUUGUGCAGAUGUUAUUAAAACCAUUAAAAAACCUACAACUGCUAUUUUU